AGCGUGAAUCGGCCGGGGAAUCGCACGUGUAUAUAAAUAAACGAACACCAGCCGCGGUUCUUCUUCGAGGAAUUAGGGUUUGGCCAGGUCCUCUGUCGCUGUCGAUCUCGCGCUUUCUCCCUGAGGAUCAGUUCAGGUUUUUGCACACUUGGUAAGGAUGGUGAGAGUUAGUGUCCUUAAUGAUGCUCUUAAGAGCAUGUACAAUGCUGAGAAGCGUGGAAAGAGGCAGGUCAUGAUAAGACCUUCCUCGAAAGUGAUUAUAAAGUUUCUCCUUGUCAUGCAGAAGCAUGGCUACAUUGGUGAGUUUGAGUACGUUGAUGACCACCGUGCUGGUAAAAUUGUUGUUGAAUUGAAUGGCAGGUUGAACAAAUGUGGUGUUAUUAGUCCUCGCUUUGAUGUGGGUGUUAAAGAGAUUGAGUCUUGGACUGCUAGACUGCUUCCAUCACGGCAGUUUGGUUACAUUGUGCUGACUACAUCUGCCGGUAUCAUGGAUCACGAAGAAGCAAGGAGAAAGAAUGCUGGUGGCAAAGUGCUAGGGUUCUUCUACUAGUUCGGUUUUCGAUUCUCUGUAUUGGAAAAAAAAAAUUGGAUUUUGAUUGGUAUAUCUGUUCUCUUUCGUGUUUUGCUCUUAAGAUUUCUAUUCGGUUGGAUUAUUUGGUGCCGCCUGCUUCCAUUCAAAAUAUCAAUUAGAAAUUUAUUUUCUAGUAGUCA